AUGGACUGCCCCAUCCCCGUGAUCGAUGGUCGCUUCAUCUGUUUCAUUGCCCGGCCACGGCGCGAUGUCAAGCUGGGCGUCGCCGUCCCUGAACCAGGCAUGAACUAUCUUGACUGGAUCCAAAAGCAGCUCGCGAAGUCUGAGAGCACUUGCAUCGUCACGCAGCAGGUCACCGUCAAGCCCGUGAAGCAGAUCACAGCCGGUGCCUGGUUGCAACACCCCCGCGCCAUCCCUCCUGGGCAGCCUCCCAUCAGCGCAGGAUCCUUCGCGAUCCACAACAGUCUGCCUGGUCUGGAGUCUGGCGACCAGUCCGCGAAGGCCACGUUUGAUGACUUCCCUCAGCUACAACAAUGCAUCAACGGAGAGCUGCCCGACCACAUCACAAAACGCUUCACCUCUCUGGACUCAUCGCAGAAGCAAGCCAUCGAGGGUCUUGCAAACGUUGACAAUGGAUUCGCUGUCAUUGCGGGCUGUUACGGCUCAGGCAAGACCUCAACUGCUGCAGCAAUCAGUGCAAUCUGUCAUCCUGGCAACACCACCAACAAGACACUUUGGACUUGGCAUUGGUAUUCUCUGUGCACAACAGGCGUCGCUUGCCCGCCAGCCUUGACCUCUUUGGGGGACGGAGUACACUUGGAAAGGCUUCUCAAUGUCAGCCUCAGGGGUGCUACACUGUAA